AGUUGCGUCAAAAUGGCAUCCAACCUCUUUUCAGAUGAAACAUAUGAGGAGAAAAUGGAACGCGUAGAGGAAAACGAGAAACAAGUCAUUAUUUUGACGCAGUUACCAGAGGAAAUAAUUGAGAAAAUUCUAACCUCGCUGUCUUACAACGAUUUGGCAGAAAUACGCGGCGUUUGCCAGAUUUUCAACAAAUGUUGUGAGCAACUCUUGAACUCUGGAUUCUCAAAGAUAGACAAACUUCAUGCUCAGAUACAGAAGCAGGUGAAAAGUCAGCUACCAAGGCGAGAAUCAGAAAGGCGGAAUCAUCCUUUAGCUCGACAUGUUGACAUUUUGUCUGCCAUUGAAACACGGUUAUCUCUACUUGGAAUGACUUAUAUGAGAUACAUUGACAUGGGUCUUUGUUGUUUCAUUCCUGGCAAGGUUCUUGAUGAAUUGCUGAGAAUUCUAAACACAUUGAAAUACCCUCAACAACCCCCUAGAGCCCAUGAAUUUUUACAAGAACUUAGAGACAUUUCUUCAAUGGCCAUGGAGCAUUUUGAGGAAAAAAUUGCUCCAUCACUUAAGACUAAAAUGCCUGCUGUCACACUUCCAUAUCCAUUUUCUGAUUGUUCAAGCAGAGAACAAAGUCCAGGUCCGUCUGUGAAAGUGGUCACAAUAAAUGAUGCUGGGGCAUUUAGAGGAAACUCUGUGAGGCAUGAACUGUCAAGACUAACAAACCAAGUUAGAGGACUUCAAGCAAAUUUACAACAACAGAGAAAAGAGCUCACAGACACCAAAGUUCGCAGUGUGGAACAGCGCAAAAAAGUGGUGGAGUUGGAGAGGAAGUUACAGAUCCAGGGCAAAACUGUACUGGAACACGAGCAGAAGCUGCACAGUCAGCAUGCGCUGAUAUCGGAACAGAGCCAGACAAUUAGUGAUCUGAGCAAAAAGAUUCUGGAAUUCGAUCAGAAGUUUGCGGAUGUGUACUCGGAGCUGACUAGACUUAAAGGUGAUAGUGACAGCUGUUUGAGUUCACAGUCCUCGAAUGCAUCGAUCCUGGCGGCAUGCACUAAUAGCAGUAUUGGUGAACUGGGAUUGGAGAGUAAGGAAAAAAGAGACUCGCUGAAAAGGAGAUCUCUACGGGAUGGAAGUGGUGAAUUGUGUAAGAAACAGAGAAAAUUUUGAAUAGAGUGAGAUAGAUUGAAAAGAGGAUGAAUAUUGUAUACUAGAAUCAAAUUUAUAUAACGUACAUAUAUAUAUUUUUUUUCACCAUAGCGUUUUAUCUGUGGAGUGAAACUUUCUAGUUUUUACUUCUCUAUAAAUUUGACUUAAAUGAACAUUCUGAUGCAGAAUCUGUGUGCAUGAAUGCAUAAUAGACUUUCAGAAAAUCGUUGAUAAAAACUGUGUUAAAGGUUUGUCAUUUCAAUUAGUACAAAUAAAAAUGUCUGUUUAUGAUUUUUUAAAUCUUUAUUUUAAAUGUCAUGUGGUGAUAGAAAAAAAAAAUGUUCACUGUGAUUGCAAUAGGAUAAACAAUGUAUUCUUCAGCAUCAUAGAGUACAGACCUUGAAAACAUUUAAACUGAUUAACCCCACUGCCUGCUGUUUUGUAAUUUGUUGCAAAAGUAAACAUUCGGUAGAUAGAGUGUGUGAAAUGGACUAAUUUUGAAGAUUUCAAAGACAAGAAGAGGCCUGAUGGAAAUUGCCAAAACUUGUACUUAUUCGUGUGUUACUGUGGCAUAGUAUGUGAUAAAUGAAUAAUUUAAAGGGAAGCAUGUUAAGUAAGAAUGAAGCAUUUGUUGUUGUUGAUUUAGAUAUUUUGUUUAUCAAAGUAACUCAUUUAUUUGUUUAUAAGUCUUACACGUACAUUUAUAUGCAAUUGUUCUCAUAUUGUAGUCGUACGUGGUACUGUGGAUUCCUUAUUAAACGUGAGGAAUUAAUACCCUCGUAAAAUUGGCAGAAGCAUUGCAGAUUUUUAAAUCUCGCUUUUAUUGUUCAGCAUUUGUGAUCUAUAUGAAAUUUGAACAAAAAUGUGGCGCACAGGAUUUAAUAUUCUUGCAAUUUAAUAGAAAACGGCUGAAUCAUGGAAUUAAAUACACUGAACUUGCGUAAAAUAAGGAAUCUACAGUAUAAUAUGUGUGUGUGUUUUUUGUUUUUGUAUUAGUCUUGUUGAGCUUCAUUCUUUUUGUUUUGAUAAAUUAUAACUUAGAACAGAAGAAUAGAUAACAGAUGAUCAACCCAACCACUCUAUAGUAUAUACAUGUAUCUUGAUUUACCCUUUCACUAUUGCAAAUUCAUGUACAUGUAUUUGUUGAUGUAGGUUGUUAAAGUACAUGUAGAUCAGUUUAUAUUCUAUUGUCAAUUCAUUUCUCCAUUAUUAAAUACAUUAUGAUAUUAUUUUUCCUAGAAGUAUUAAUGUACACAUUUUUAACAGUAACUUUAGUUCAUUUGAUAUUGAUCAGAAUAAUUUUUUUGGCCCCAGAUAGUGACAUUAUUAAGAUAGUACAUGUGUUUAAAGGCAUGUCACAUGUACAUAGUUUUGGUUGAUUGAUUAAAACAUUACAGAAGCAAUGCAUUUGAAUAUUUAGUAAUGUGUGGACUAAAAAACUUAAUUAAGUAGUUCCCGAUUUUGUGUCUUUUGCAGUUAAUUAUCAAUUGAUUUCUUGCAUUUUAGUUUUUAAGAAUGUAUUUUGUGUACUUGUAUGUUGCCAAAUUGCAAAUGUGAAAUAAAAUUAUUUGAGUUGU